UGUCAAAGUACCAUUAUGUGGUGACCUUUUGGGGAGAGAAAGAGUAACAGGUGCAAAAAAAACAAGACUGGGAUGCGACACCAAGUUUGAGAAGUUUGAAAGCAUUGUGGAAUAUCCUGCAAUGUGGCAUACAAAACAGUCUUUUUUAGGGUAUAUUUGGGAACARCUGUACAGACCUAAUCCAACAAGUGGGAGAGAGAUUGGAACAUUGUWUCAUAUCAGACAGCURUUUCAUAUGACCAAUGUUUACAAAUCAGUAAAGAAAAAUUAUAAAACAGCAGARAACCUGAUGCUAUCCACCACCAAGGCAUACCUAUGCUGUGCAUUCAUGGACUUCACUGGAAUGGACAGUCUGGAUGGUACUCCUUCAAAAAUAGAUCUUCCAACACAAGAAAACAGUGACAACGACAAGACCACUGUUUUCACUGAUUUAAUUACAAAAUUUGUUGAAGAUUAUGUUAUGGUGGAGUUUGAUGUUGAAAGAGCCUGGCGCGAGCAGCAGGAACAGAAACGAAUUCAGGAAACACCAAACCCUACCACUUGUACUCUUUCUUCAACUUCUACUACCGAGUUUACACCAGGUGAAAGUCUUUCAAACUAG